CAAAUUUUGUCUGCGGAAAAAUAAAAAGCCAGAGGCUGCGAUUCGCAGUCCGGGCCACCUCCGCUUCCCCGAGGCGCUCCGACGCCCCCGCAGACUGCGCAGGAGCGAACAGAAGCUGGCGUCCAAUGAGCUUUUCAAAAUGUCCAACAAGGAAUCUUGUGGAAAGAAAGAUAAGUCUCAGAGAAAAAGGACCACCUCAACACUCAACUUUGAUGAAGAAGAUAAGAAAGAGAAAAAAACCGUAGCAAGUUCUGCUGGGUCUGCUUGCUGUAUAAAAUCUGUUUCAUCAGAAAAGAGAAAACUCAAAUCAAAUCAUACAGACAUUCUGUAUUGUAAUAUGAAAAGAAGAAAAGAACUGAAAAGAUUGCCUGGAGAAACCCACAAGCUGAGUAAGAGACCAAAAAUCAGUUCUUCAUCCCAGAGAACUGUUCAACUCCAAGAAGCAUCAUCUUCAACGGAUAAUCAGAUUAUUUCAGAGAGUCCUUCUUCAACUGGAACUAAAAAAGAUAAAAGUAAAGAUGUAGAUUUUAAAGUUAAAGAUAUUCAAUUGACAAAUAUUAGGAGUAAGCUUGAGUAUGGAAUUAAAAACUUAAGCAGUCCUAAUAUUGCCAAAGAUGUGAAACCUAAAGCUGAAGGGCAGGCAGGUGAAAAAAAAAUCCAUCAGCUACUUGCUCAGAGGGAGACGAAAGAGCUCAUGAAAGAAAGGUACAAGGAAUUUAGAGUUGAUUCUGAGAAACGUGUUCUGGAGAAAAGCAAGAGAAUCCAACUUCCUCAGGAUUGUAAUUCCAACGAGAUAAUUAAGGAACCCCUGGAAUCUAGAAGACGGAAGAUCAGUUUCAAAAUCCCAGUAAAAUCCCGUGAUACCCUCAAGAAGCUUGUAGAAGAAAAUGUCUUCAGUUUAGAUUAUAACAAGUCAAAGACUAAAAAGCAGGUGAAAAAAGAAUGCCAGGAAGGCUCCCAGGAUUCAUUAAAUUUGACUAGGCAAAAAAGUGGACCUUUGUUUUCAGAUUCCACGUAUAAGCCGACUGUUCAUGAGUGGAAAGGGAAAUAUACGCAUCAAGAAAGUUCAAGUUCUAGUGAAAACCUAACCCAGAGUUUUGAAGCACCAUGUUCUUCAGUGUCACUUGAAAGUACUCAAGACACAGAUCAAGAGAUGCAGAUAGUGGAAGAGCUUCAUGCUGCACGUGUGGGAAAAAGUUUGGAUUUACCAGUGGUUCCACCUCCUGGAGAGUUAGCGAAUAUGGAGGUUGACUCAAUUGAAGAUGUGCAGUCCUUUGCUGCAAAUACUGCUUCAGACAAAAAGCUUCUAAUUGUUAUUGACACAAAUAUUCUGAUGAAUCAUUUCAAAUUUGUUAGAGUUUUGAAGAAAACAGAAAUCCCAGGCUACGACAGCCUUGUGUUAAUAAUUCCCUGGGUGGUUGUGCAAGAGCUAGAUCGUAUGAAAGAUGGAAAACUACUCAAAUGUGCCCGGCAUAAAGCUAUACCUGCAGUUCAUUUCAUCAAUGAUAGUCUCAGAAAUCAAGAUAGAAAACUAUGGGGUCAGUCAAUACAACUUGCAUCUCAAAAACUUUAUGGUCUCAGUGAUGAGAACAAUGAUGAUCGAGUACUAAAAUGCUGUCUUCAGUACCAGCAAUUAUUCCCUUGUUCUUUUGUUAUCCUGUGCACGGAUGAUAGAAAUUUAAGAAACAAAGGCCUAAUAAGUGGUGUGAAGUCACUCAGUAAAGAAGAAUUGAGUGCAGAGUUAUUAAAUUUACCUCUGAACACCAGUGUAUGUCCUCAGCCUUGUGUAUCUAUGCAGCAAUUGACAGCAGAAGCAACAACUUUGGAAAAGAGCUGUGAGAAAGAAUCUACAAAUUCUGGACUACCCAUUCUACUUGAAAGCAUCAUAUCUGAUCUUGAAAAAUCUCUUGGAACAGCUUUAUCUUCAAUAUUAGAAACAGAAAUGAAAAUUGCUUUUGGAAACCUCUGGAUAGAGAUGCUGUACUUGAAACCACCAUGGACUCUAAUGCAUUUGUUACGAUGCUUUAGAAAACAUUGGUUGGCUGUAUUUGGACUAGUAAUGGAAAAUAAUUUGCUUUUAACCAUUGAGAGUCUAAAUGAAAAUCUCUGUAAAGCUAACAAUGCAGUGGAUUUUACAACAGUGCAAUUUCUGCUUCAGGAUUCUAAAAAAUUGUUACAUGCUUUCAGUACGAGGUCAGAUUAUGAUGGUAUUCUCCCACAGGCCUUUGCUCAAGUAAACAAACUACUCCAAACAUUUACAGAGGUCAAGGCAAAACUUAAACAAAAUCCUUCAGAAAAUUCAGUGGGUAAAAAGCAAGAAGAUAUUUCUUCGAUGAAGUCUAAUAGCCAAGAAAUCACCAUUUUCUCAGGUUCUCAUCUUCCCCAACCCAACAGGCAUCAAGAAAUCUGGUCCAUCCUAGAGAAUGUUUGGAUUACAAUAAAUCAGAACAGCAUGGAUGUGUUUCAAAGACUGGGCUCAAAUUCAUCUCUGACCUUUUCAAAAAUAGCGUCAUUUGAAGAAGCGUUUGUAUGUCUUCAAAAGUUAAUGGCAGACGUGAAGGAUAUUCUUGAAGCAAUUCAGAGGAUUUUGGCCCCCAGCAGUAAUUACCAAGAUACUGAGACUCUCUAUAACUUCCUAAUCAAAUAUGAGGUAAAUAAAAAUGUCCAGUUUACUGCCCAGGAACUUCAUGAUUGCAUUUCACAGACUGAGUAUCGGGAAAAGUUAACUAUUGGAUGCCGCCAGUUGGUUGAGAUGGAGUAUACAAUGCAGCAGUUCAAUGCAUCCAUCUGUAUGGAGGCCAGAAACCGGGGAUGGUGUGAAGACAUGCGGACCUAAGGCUAAACCAUAGAACCUAAGGCUGAAUUGUAACUUAAAAGGAAUUGCAUAUGUUUUCAAGAACAACGGAGUAGUUCCAUCUUUUGAGCCAAACCCAAUUGAUGUGUGAGAAAUGUCUCAUAGGUAUAUAAGGGUGAUUGCUUAUUAAGAACGAUCUCCUUCCUUGAGUAUCUUAAAAGCCUAAUGCAUCCAUUGUGGGAUAAACUGUGGACUCAGUGCUUCUGAAAUUGACAAUACCUCCCUACCUCACCUGCUGAUACUGAGCCAGUAUGUCCACAGAAAGGAGAGCCAUCAUUUUAAUCCUCUUAGGGUAGGAGCCACUGUGGCAUCUGAGGAAAGCCUAGGGCACAGCGUUCACCUCUCUCAACCCUAAAUAUGAAUACAUGACAGGACACUUCCAAACCAUGCUCACCACAUUCCACAAAUGAAAUCUUACUCUGGACUCUUUUAUCUUCAAACUGUUUUUCAUGUAAACCUGGUGAAUAUAACACACAUGCCUUCCACCUCCCCCGAGGUAAUGAGAGUAGAAUUUUGACUUCAGUUCUAACUUGCUGUAUAGCCUCAUCUCCUCUUCCCUGGGCUUGUCACCUACCUUUCAAUAUAUUUCUAAUGGGAAGAACAGGGAAAUGGUACUGUUUCCCCUUAAACGUGAAGCAUCAUUGAUUUAUGGGAUUAGGUGGCAGUGACUGAUGUCUGCCCAUAGCUAAUGAGGUGUUUAUUUCUUAGUUAUACAGUAAGUUGGAAAUCCUUGUUUAUUAGAGUAUGCUUUUGGCAGUGCAUUAGAUCAAGUUAAUUUGGUAUUCUAUUAAAAAUGUUAAUUUAUUAUUUUUAAAAAGCAAUAAAUCAUUUUUAGUAAGA